AAUUGUACCUUUGUACCCGUGGAAAGCCAUGACAUCGGAAAACAUCGUGCACGGAGCGGAGAAAUGAGGUGUACCACCGCCGCGUCGUGACGUCUUCGAGGGACUUGGCGCUCGGGACUGGCUCGGGACAACGCACGAGGUUAACUCCCGCCCGGGGUACACGCCGCCGUAACCAAAUGGUUACGAUCCCGCGUUAUAACCUACGCCGCGUAUGCGAUCCCAACAUCAGCUGAUGAGCUCGACGUAACUGCGCGCACGACAGCCGGAUUUUCCGAACGUUUCGCACCAAACGGAUACCCACGGACGGGGGAAACGUCGCGAUGGCAGACCUCGCCCUGGGGGAGCUCAGCGGCGAUCAAACCGAGAAAGUACUGCAGUUUCAGGAUCUCACCGGCAUCGAAGACCUCUCGGUAUGCAGAGACGUUUUGCAGAGGCACAACUGGAACCUGGAAGUGGCGGUUCAGGAACAAUUGAACUUGUACGAAGGCAGACCAUCCAUGUACGCACAGGACUCGCGUGCCCGCCCGCCACAGGUUGUAGAUGACAGUAGUUCCAGAAUUUAUUUUAGUUACCCAGGAAGCUCCGGUGGAGGCGGCGGUCUCUUAUCCUACAUUUUUUCCAUGUGUUACAAUCUAGUGAGCAGUAUCCUACAACUACUUUUUGCAAUAUUUAAGAGAAAUGUUAGACCUGUGUCCGCCGAUCCAGUGGAAGAUGUAGUCAACUUUAUUAGAUCGUAUGAGGAGCGUUACGGUAACACUCACCCAGUAUUUUACCAGGGCUCCUACAGCCAAGCUCUUUCGGACGCGAAACAAGAAUUGAGAUUUCUGUUGGUAUAUCUGCAUAAGGAUGAGACUCAAGAAGUCGACCAAUGGUGCAGAAAUACAUUGUGCGAUCCAGAAGUGAUACGAUAUAUAAAUAUCCAUACUUUGUUCUGGGCAUGUAACGUAAAGUCCGGAGAGGGUUACAAAGUCGCGGAAGCACUCAAAUUGGGUUCAUAUCCCUUUCUAGCGCUGAUCGUGCUAAAGGACAAUAGAAUGACAAUAGUCGGUCGAUUGGAAGGCGCACCAUCUUCCGCUGAUUUAAUGUCGCGAUUGCAAACGAUCAUAGAACGUAAUGAAAUUAAUCUGAUCCAAGCACGUCGAGACAGAGCGGAACGUAGCGCGGCGCAAUCGCUUCGGCAACAACAGGAUCGCGCUUACGAGGAGUCGUUGCGCGCGGAUCAGGAGAAAGAUCGCAUAAGAGAAGAGGAACGAAGAGCACGCGAGGAGCAAGAGGCCCGAGAGAAGGAAGAGUUGAACGCUCAAGAGCUGGAGAUACAACGUAUACGUAUCGAGAAAGAACUGACUAUUGGCAAAGUGCCACUCGAGCCGCAACCAUCUAAUCCCAAUGCGUGUCACCUUCAAAUUAAGCUUGGAGAAAGAACGAUGAAAAGAAGAUUUCUUAUGACUGAUACAGUCAAGGACGUUUAUCACUGGAUAUUCAGCCAACCAGAUUCUCCAGCGAGUUUCGAGAUAACAACGAGCUAUCCCAGAAGAAUCCUCUAUCCUUGUAGAGACAUCUUGACUCUAUCGGAUGCCGGUUUAACCCAUAGAGAGGUCCUUCACGUUAACGAUCUAGACGACUAAUCGCAAUUCAUUUCGAUACGACAUUCUUCAAGUUUUAGUAUCAUUCCACAGGAAAAAUGAUACUGUCAUGUGAAAGACACUUGUCAAGAGACACAAGCUCGUGCAGCUUAUAUACACAAAAUGUAAACACACACACAUAUACACACACAUGUAUACAUAAUAUAUAUAUAUUUGAUACAUUCUAGUACUUUAUGUGAGGUAUACUUUACUGGAUGAAAAAUAUGAUUGCACAAAAUAUACCGAAAGAUAGGAUAAAAAAAAGGGGGGAAAAAAGGUGUGUCUGUAAAUGCAGCUUAUUUAAAUUAACAAUCGGUACUUUGACCAUCGCAUUUAUUGAAAAAUGCAUUUCAUAUAAGUGAAAGAAGAAAUGAUAGAUAGGAAUAUAUAUUAAAAUUUUUUUUUUGCGUAACAAAAUGAUCUCGUAAAAAAAUUGUACUAACCAUUUCUUUUAUAUCUCUCUUUCGACACUAUCACUAAACUUGUGUCAAUAUUAAAAGAGCAGUGAUAUGUAUGUUACGAUUGAAUUUCGACGCUUGGAUAAAUUUCAUGCACACUCUUGUAAAUUUGUUCCCUCUGUCAUACACAAAAUUUGUCUAAUAUAUAAUUAAAUAUAUAAGGGGGGGGGGAACAGAACAUUUUUUUUAUAUAUAUAUGUUUAUUGUGCAAUCAGUUUAUCAAUAACAGGCGCAUUCGUUCGAUACUUCUGCGGUCCAGAAUAAGUAAUAUCGAGAGAAUGAUUAAUAAAUUCUAUGAAUUCCACAUAUAUAUGUAGAUUCCGAUAGAAAAA